UUUUGAUGCGUGUAGUUGUGGUUUAAGUAUUAUUCAAAGACUUAAUUAAGCCCCGAUCAAACGAAAAGAGUUGAGAAGCGAGUUUUCUCAACUCUCGUGCCCUGGUCAAACGAGAACAAGAGUUGCAUGAGACUUGAUGAGAGUUGACUGGAUAUUAUCGCGCACGGAGCGAAAAUUCUCAUUCAACUCUGAUCGGAAUAUGACGAGGAUGAGAUUUGAUAAGAGUUGCAACUCUCGCUCGCAUUUGACCGGCAACUAUGCUAAUUUUCGCUUCUCGUUCUCGUCAACUCGCAUCCUCAUUUGAUUCGGACCUUAUUAGAAUUCCGUAAUAAGAUAAUAAUCAUCAUUUUAGGAUGUACGUGUUCUUUUCAUGCAGUCGGAUGGCGGUCUCACACCUGUUCAAAAGUAAGUUUUUUUACACUUACCUUUGGGAAUCAUGCAAAACAUUUCUGAAAAGCAUCUUGGCAGCCUCGAUUUCAAGCAACCGCGUGUUUAUUGGCAACCUCUUCUAGGAUUCAAAAUUCAUGUCAUACACUAUAUUCCGCACUUUCAUCUUCUUAAGUCCUAUUUCACACUUUAACUCCCCAUGUUAAGUAAAAUCGCCUGCCGCAAGAGUUAAUUACAGCGUAAAAAGUUUAAAUUUCUUUGUAACAGUUAAGAUGAGUGUUUUCAUUGUUUUGUUUAGGUUUACAGGAUCGCGCGCCAUAUUGUCCGGUCCGGCUGGAGGAGUGGUAAGAGACUGAUCAACUUGAUCAUUGUAACGUCCAAUACGUCCAUUGGAAAAUUAUUUUAAAAUACAGUAGUGUAAACGGACUAAACGAGCGUUCUGAUUACUUCAAGGUUGGAUAUGCAGUGACAACGUACAGCAAAGAGUCAAAUCAACCCGUUAUAGGAUUUGAUAUGGGAGGUAUGUGACGUAUGUCUACAGCGCCGGUCAAACGUGGAUACUGGACACUGAGAGUUGAUAAGAGUUGCCUAUCGACUCUCAUGUAGUCUGAACAACUCUCAUCAUUUUUGAGCUAGCCUGUGUUCCAGUCCACUACACCGUUGUGUGACGGUGUAGUGGACUGGAACACAGGCUACUUUGAGCUGGUUCAAGUUUUUCUACGCCCGCGGUAGUAUCCAGUCAACUUAACAUUCAAUCCUAUACAGCCUGUCCUGUUGCCGGAUCCAAUAUAAAUUGCUCAUUAUAUCACAUUUUAGGCACCUCAACAGAUGUUUCCCGCUACGCUGGUCACCUUGAACACGUGUUUGAGACGACAACGGCUGGGAUUACGAUCCAGGCCCCUCAGGUAAGAGAUGUGCAACAGAUCGUGAAAUAAAACUGGAGCAGUAGCGAUGUUUUUCAGAUCAUAGUUGGCACAGAUAUCUUAUUAUGUUUCUACACCUACAGCUUGAUGUGAACACAGUUGCCGCCGGGGGAGGUUCAAGAUUGUUUUUCCGUUCGGGAAUAUUCGCAGUGGGUCCGGAAUCCGUCGGAGCGCAUCCGGGUCCUGUCUGUUACAGAAAAGGUUUGUAUCCCAGAUGAAAAUAGGAAGAUUUGGAUUUAGGAUGGUAACACAAAGUGAAUGGGAAACAGGACAUGAAAUGAUGACGUGUCAGUUGAAGCAACAUCUGUUAUACAUGUCAUUUUCACGUUCUUUUUUACGUCGUGGUUGCGUUUCCGUGACUACUUCCUCCCUCCCCCUGCUAGACGUUUAAACAUUGCGAUUUGUCUGACUGUAUGUAUCUGACUACAGCAAUACUUGCUCUAGCUGUACUAAGAAUUCAGUCUGAAACAAGCCUAAGUAUUUCUUCACUGUUCAACCUUGUGAAAAUAUUUGCAUAUCUUGCAGGCGGAAAUUUGGCUGUCACAGACGCUAAUCUCGUGCUUGGCCGACUACUUCCACAGUAAGUUUAUCCACUGGAUUUCUAGAACAGUUUAGUCUAGAAGUGAUAAGCGGUACCAUCAUGCAUUUACUUACGAUGUAAACAUACACUGUAUAAUAAAAUGCAAUGAUUUAUUAUCUUAAGAUAUUUUCCAUGUAUCUUUGGACCAAAUGAAGAUCUACCUUUGGAUAAUGAUGCUUCAUACCACAGUUUUGAAACGCUCAUCACAGAUGUAAGUACUGCUUGCAAAAUAUCCCAAACAAAGUAAAGUUCUCUGCAGUGUGAGAAUGAUAUGAAACUAGUUUUUCAUACCUCUGAGGAUGGCUCUGAAAUAGAAAAAGUAAAGUAUUGGGGCGGAAUUAUCCACCAAGUUACGUCUCUGUCUGACGGGUGUUGCGUCUUGAUGUAAACACAUGACGAACUAUCCAGACAAACUAACUUCACGCCUAACACGAUUUAUAUUUGGUAAUAGUCCUGGGUCAAACUGUUUAUAGGAAAUAUAAGGAAAAACAUACUCCGGUCAAACUGUUUAUUUUCCUUAAGGUGGAGUUACACGAGCAACAAAAUUGCUGCAACUUGCCACAAAAUCUAAUUUCAACGCAUGUUAAUUGAAAAUGUUUACACAUACAUUACAAAUCACAAGGCAAUAUGUGACGACAUUUCUACUUAACAUGCGUUGAAAUCAGAUUUUGUUGCAAGUUGUAGCAAUUUUGUUGCUCGUGUAACUGGCGUCAUCCGCCAAGAGGAAUCACACAUAUAGGCGUAUUAACUACUCAAAUAGUUCGUCUUGAAUAUGAAUUAUCAGACAAGCAAUCUUUUCCUUGCCCAAGUUCGUGAUCGGGCCGUAUUCUCAUUACUUGGCAGAUCAAUCAAUUUCUUGCGUCAGACGGAAAAGACGCCUUGUCUGUGGAAGAGGUUGCCAUGGGUUUUGUGAAAGUUGCAAAUGAGAACAUGUGUCGACCAAUCAGAGCUUUGACACAGGCCAAGGGAUAUGAUACGUCACGUCACGUGUUAGCUUGCUUUGGCGGGGCAGGAGGUCAGCACGCAUGCGCCGUGGCAAGAUCACUGGGAAUGUCUACAGUUUACAUUCAUAAGUAUGUUUUAGUUUUAUACAGUGUAUUAUCUGUAGGUCAUUUGGUUGGCUAAUUAAUUGAUUGGGUUUGACUAAUUGAUUGAUUGGGUCUGAUUAAUUGAUUGAUUGGGUUGCUGAAUUAUUUAUUGAUUUGGUUUCUGAUUAAUUGACUGGCUGAUUAAUUGGUUGAUUGCUGAUUAAAUUAUUUAUUGAUUUAUUCUCUAAUUUUUUGCUAAUUGAUUAAUUGAUUGAUUGGUCAAGUGAUUGAUUUGAUGUUUAUGAUGGAUCGACUAAUUGGUUGGCUGGUUAAUCAUUAUUUUUUAUUAACUGAUUGGUUCACUAUGAUUGGCUGAUCAAUUUAUUGAUUGGCUGAUUAAAGAUUGAUUAAUUGAUUGGUUGCUUAAUUAAUCAAUUGCUCCAUUAUUUCGAUAUAUUAGGUAUGCAGGUAUUUUAUCAGCGUACGGAAUUGCUUUGGCUGAUGUCGUUCAUGAAGCACAGGAGACAUGCUCCAAGGUUUACUCUCAGGGUAAGGCUUGGGAAAAAGUUUGGUUCUUGCGUAAAUAAUAGAGAGAUUCAUAUUUGACUUCCACUACCGUUACCACUCGCUGGCUUAGUCCGCAUCUGAUUGGUUAAUCGGAUAUAUGAAACGCAUCUGAUUGGUUAAUCGGAUAUAUGAAACGCAUCUGAUUGGUUCAUAGUCCUUGACGGUAGCGGUAGUGAAAGUGGGAGGCAAAUCUGAAGCUCUCUCGUGACGAGAAAGGAGUCAAGAGAAAGUUGUCAUUUGCCUGUGAAUAAUUUUUUAAUCAAGCAAUUACUAGGAUAUUUAUUUUUUUCCAUUUUCGUAGAAUCCUUCGAGUAUUUGGACAAUAAGAUUAAAGAACUCGAGAAGAUUUGUGAAAAAGAACUGAAGGAACAAGGUUUUGACGAGUAAGUUUUUUACAGUUACAAAUUGGUCGAGCCGACUAGCUCAAAACUAAAAAAGUAGUCGGAAACACUUUUGCCGAAAUAUUUAUUUCACUCAAUUUCACUUAUUUCUCUGACUUGUUAAAAAAAUUUUUUUUCUGCUUUGUAACAAAGGAAUGAUAUUUCAACUGAAGCGUUUUUGAACAUGCGUUACGAUGGAACGGAUUGUGCUCUGAUGUGCACUGCCGUAGAACGUGAUGUGAGUAAAAUUAUCAUGACAUUUAUGAAAGAUAAUAUUGAAAAGACAAAUACGCUUUACUAUUCAAGCAGAAAUAUUUUUGCUAUAUUAUCAUUUUUCAGAUCUCGGGAGGCUGUAGUCAUGGUGAUUUUCAGAAAGCAUUUCUACAAAGGUAAAAUCGUACCAACUAUACGUCAUCAGGUGUUUUAUUAGGGACCCUCCCCCUCAUGCAAAACAGAAAUAAGCAUUAAACAUGAGCGAUAUUUUAGACCUGGGAUCGGUAUAGACUUCCAGGAAGAAUGGCUCGACAUAACUGAUAGAUGAUAUAAUAUUUGUUAAGUUUUAGUUCAAUUUAACAAAGCGUCCUUUAUCAGGUUUUGGUAAUUAAAAAGUAAAUUACUUUAUCAAAUUAAUCUUUAUUGUCAGGGGUGGAAAAAAUAUGCGAGCACGCGAGCACUACUCGCAGGAAAUGUUAAACAGCUGCAGGAAAUUCGUUUGAAUGAAGAUUUGCUAUUGAAAAUUUGAAGGAAACCUUAACACCCAUGUCCCACUAUGGGCGCAACAACAUAUGGUUGACAGACAUUAUUCCUUGAAUUUAAAACCAUUGUCAGCUAGAACAUCAUAUGUUUUUAUGCACAUGCAGAUUUUGCACAAAAAUACUCCGUUGGUGUGCAGGAACUUUUUGUCCCCAGGUUGUGCUCCCAAGAAGAAAAUUCUUUUUUCCUGCCCUGUUUAUUGUUUUCUUCCUUAGGUAUUCAACGGAAUUUGGUUUCACCAUACCAGACCGAGCAAUUAUUGUGGACGAUAUUCGAGUGCGAGGGACAGGACGUUCGUCCAUUGAUCAAACUUUUGAAUCUGUCUAUACAACUGAUACACCGACCGUUGAGAAUGUAAGUUGAUAAAAAAGCUAGUUUGUGUAGUCACAUUUUCAACUAGACUAAAAGUAACCUAAUGAGUAAAUUAGCCAAACAUGAUAAUACUAGAUACCUGCAUGGUGAAGCAUAUUGAUCAUUAAGCAUUAAUUGUAUCAAAAUUGAUUUAGUCAUUGGACUUGAUCAAAAUUAAUUCAACUCACUUUAACUAGUGAGUUAUUUGCAUAUUAUCGAAGAGGUGAAAAACAGAUGCAUUAAUUAUUGUAUGUGAUAUUUAAUAAUGCCAAGCAUGGAUUCACAAGGAAUAAAUAUACAUUUAAGGUCACAAAGUGUUAUUUUGAAAGUGGAUAUCUUGAUACCAAACUGUACUUGUCUGACAAGUUAAGUCAUGGUCACGAAAUCGAGGGUCCUGCGAUUAUCAUUGAUAAAGCAUGGUAAGUUUUACAGAUCAGUUGAUUAACCGGCCAUUUGACACUGUAUACAAGAUUUAAUUUUGCAGGUUUUUCUAGAGGACCUACGUGCACAAUUUGUUGUGGUCCAAAUUUGGCCAUGCACAAAACGAUUGUCGUGAUUUACUAAGAAUUUUGUAAAACUUUUUCUAUAGCACAGUUUUAGUUGAACCUUACUGUACUGCUUCGAUAACCAAGACAGGCGAUAUCAGAAUUCAAGUAGGUUAAUAGAAUCUAUAGAAAUUAUAUCAUAUCGUUUAUUAUAUGGUUGAUUUUAAAUUUCUGCACAGUAUGACGGCAUUAAAUUGCGUCGAUUUUGAAAUAAGAUUGUUUCUACCGUUAGAUUGGCCGAGAUCUUUCUCAGCGUAAUGUCACAACAGAACUGGACGCCAUUCAGUUGUCAAUUUUCUCUCAUCGCUUCAUGAGUAUUGCUGAACAAAUGGGAAGGUGGGUGUGAAAGAGGCUCGCUUGCAACUGUCUAAGGCUAUGUUUACCCUGUACCGGAUAGCUUUCCGUAGAGGCGCGAAAAAGCACCUAUCCAGGGGCGAAACUAGCCCCUUUUAAUAGGGUCCAACAGUUUUUUUCGGACAAAUUCCUGUUAAAACAUGCAUGAAACCCUUAUUUUUUUACCAAUGUCUGUAAAAUUUAGGUCUAUAAACUCUAUUCAAUUCCCUCUGGAAGCCCUGGAAGCUACUUAAUAACUCUACAUUCUGUCAUUUAAAAUCUUUUAUUGCCCUGCCAAUCCAGAUGAUUUGCCCUGCCAAUCCAGAUGAUUUGUACUUUGGGGGGGGGGGGUGUCAACACCCCACCCCCCACCCCCUCAAGUUUCGUCCUUGCACCUAUCCUAUACGGAAUGUACAACUUUCAGAAUCUGAGCGAACUGGAAUAAUUCCUCCAAAAAUAGCGUUCCUAAAAGGUACGGAUAGGUGUUUUUUCACGUCACUACUGAAAGCUAUAGUGUAAACGUAGCCUAUGGGUGCAAAAACUGAACACGAACAUCCCACUUGAACAAUGCUGAAAUAUACCGUAAACCUCCGACUAUGAGCCCUGGGCUUAUAUUCUUUCGUAAGCGAUUUUUGAUGGGCUUAUACAAGGGUGGGCUUAUAUACGGGGGGCUUAUACAUGGACGAUCUUUUGUGUUAGUGUAAUAGUGAUAAACAAGUAUAAUAAUAGUGAUAAACAAGUGUUAAGCAUAGUAAUAAUAGUGAUUAAUAGUAGUAAUAGUGAUAAACAAUAGUGAUAAACAAGUGGGCUUAUAUUCGGGUGGGUUUAUAUUCGGGGUGGGCUUAUAUUCGGAGGUUUACGGUAACUUGUUAUCAGGAUGGUUCGCACUGUUUGUUGACAGAGUAUUGACGACUUGCUGCAAGGUUUACAUGUUGUUCCAACAACUAAGUAAAUACUGUAUAUAAAAAAUAGCGAUAUGUUGUGAAUUAUUUUGAAGGGUUUUACAGAGGACUUCCAUAUCCACAAACAUCAAAGAACGUUUAGAUUUCUCGUGUGCCAUGUUUGGUCCUGAUGGAGGACUGGUAGCUAACGCACCACAUAUCCCAGUACACCUUGGGGCCAUGCAAGAGACUGUUCAAUAUCAGGUACUGCAAUCUCUCCUUGCGGACAUGCAUUUCCGUACUGCGGAUAGUUUCCACUGGUGAGUCAGCUCAGGAACUCGUACUUCAAUAGAAUUGUGUAUCUAUGGAACAGUUUGCCUAGUGAUAUUAAAUCUUCUUCUUCCAAAUACGUCCUUAAAGCUAAACUAUAUGAAUAUUACUUUAAUAAACUGAUUACAGUAUUUGAUGCAGAUAGGUGUAGAACUUGGAAAACACUAUGCAGUAAUUGUAGAUCACUGCAAAUAAACUGCUGCUCGUAAUACCUAGAUGCUCGUAGCAUGAUCGAUGGGUUAAUCUGUUAUAUGCUUAAUAUGCUCAGUUUUCGUUACAACUCUUGAUACAUUUUUUUUUUUCAUAUAAAUUAGUCACAAACUGAUUUUCAAUAGAUUAACCAUUCGAGCAUUCUUCAAUCGAGAUUAAUUUUUACUGUUGUAAAUAGCUUUUUAUGUACGUCUGUAUUUGUGUUGUCUUGGUGGGACUUAAUUGGGAACUUCUGUUCCGAUGUCCUGACCUUCAAUCUUAUUGAUUGUCAAGUUAUUAUAAAAAAAAAGCAAAAAAAAGCUAUAGUUUAAUCUUUAUUGAAUUCAGAUGAACCUGUUGGGAGACAACAUCAAUGAAGGUGACGUCAUCUUAUGUAACCAUCCAUCCUGUGGUGGAAGUCAUUUACCUGACCUUACAGUAAUUACACCGGUAAGACUCGCUCAAUCAUGGCUCUGAAAUACAGGGUGUAUCAAAAAAAAGGAGACCUUUAGAAAUCAAGCAUAUUAUUAAAAUUUGAAUGCCUUUUCAAUUGCACAUAUGCUAAACCGUGGUGCGUGAAAUAUUGAUGGAGUGCAUAUAUUAGAAAAAGGAGACCUUUAGAAAUCAACCAUUGUUAUAAUUUGAAUCCUGGAGCACUUUGCUAAGCCCACGAGUGCGUAACAUGCGAUCUACGUACAGUAUACAUGGCAGAUUGUUCCCAGGAGCAGAUAAGGUCUCCUUUUUCUAAUAUAUCCACCCCAUCAAUAUUCACGCACUACGGUUCCACAUAUGUGCAAUUGAAAAGGCAUUCAAAUUUUAACAAUAUGCUUGAUUUCUAAAGGUCUCCUUUUUUUUUAUACACCCUGUAGAAUAAGUACUAAAUUUAUAACAACACAGAUCGAAAACUGUACUUGCAUGGAAGCGUGUUUUGUACUGACAUGAGCAUUAUAAUCAUUUAAGCAGUUACGCUAUGUGGUUCAUGAAAUCUUGUUAAGCAUUCGUGUUUGUUUUAUGUCCUAAUUUAGGUAUUUUAUCCAGGACAGCCAAAACCAGUCUUCUUCGUCGCCAAUAGGGGUCAUCAUGCCGAUAUAGGGGGAAUAACACCCGGUUGGUGUUUAUCUUUUCUCUUUUUCAUAAAGAUUUGCUUGUUUUGGUCACUUCGAAAAUACAACUUUGUUCUCUUAUUUAGGCUCCAUGCCACCACAUUCGAAACUUCUUGCUGAAGAAGGCGCCACAUUUAAAUCGUUCAAGUUAGUGCAGAAUGGAGUCUUUGAUGAAAAAGGUCAGUUAACGUAUUGUGAUGUUAAUAUGUAUUCACCCUGUACAUACUCCCCCCCCCCGCCCACAAUGUUUUUCAGAGUGUAGUUUUUGAACGCAUUGGGUUAAAAAGUCGUUUAUUAAGACCUUUACAUUUUUAUCCAAGUGCCUCCACAAUGCAGGAAAUGCCAUUGCAGAGACCUAAAAUUAUUAAGUUGCUCCCUCCGCCCAAAAAAAAUUCUGGCGGCGCUACUGACGAUAGCCCACUAAUAUCCCUACUCCCACUAUUUCUCAUUAUUUCUCUAUUCCCACUAUUAUCCUACCGUAUCCUACAGGUGUCACAGACAAACUCAUGGAACCUCAAACGUACCCAGGCAGUAGUGGCACACGAAAUCUCCGCGACAACCUCUCUGACCUCAAAGCACAAGUUGCGGCCAAUAAAAAAGGAAUUGAUUUAAUCACUGAACUGAUAGAUGAAUACAGUCUAGUAGUAGUGCAAGCUUAUAUGCACCAUAUCCAAACUAACGCUGAGGUAGCUGUCCGUGAUAUGCUUAAGGAGAUUAGGUCUAGGACUGAGGAACGUACAGGGCGAACAGUAUUGUCAGCGGUCGACUACAUGGACGAUGGGACGCCGAUAUGUUUGAGUGUUUCCAUCGCAGACAAUGGUAGCGCGGUUUUUGAUUUCACGGGGACUGGACCCGAAGUGUAUGGAAACUGCAAUGCGCCACGUGCUAUUAUUCUCUCUGCGAUUAUUUAUUGUUUACGGUGCAUGGUUGGCCAUGAUGUACCUUUGAAUCAGGUAAGAAAAUGCGUUGGAAGUUAGUAAACAAAGUUAAACAAAUUUAUAGUGGAUAGUUCAUUCAGUUCUACACCUAGAAAUCCUGUAAGGGAUAUCCUUUGUCCAGAUAAUUCAUUUACAUGGAUAAUUUUCUUUUUAAUAGGGUUGUUUAAAACCAGUACAAUUGAUCGUACCAUCAGGUACCAUCUUAUCACCAUCCGAUACAGCAGCUGUUGUUGGUGGAAAUGUUCUUACUACCCAAAGAAUUGUUGACGUCAUUUUUAGAGCAUUUGAAACUUGUGCUGCUUCACAGGUAAACCUUUCUGGGGUUAACUGAGUCACCUUCGCCGAAAAACUCGAAAUCUCUGACAGUUCUGAACUGUUUUUUCUACACGUUUUCUCUAUAUUUGCACUGAAUAGCUCUGUCAGUUGUAAUAGCUCUGUCAGUUGUAAUAGCUCUGUCAGUUGUAAUAGCUCUGUCAGUUGUAAUAGCUCUGUCAGUUCUAACCUGUUUUCUCUACAGGUUCAGUAAGGGCCGUCCCGUAUUGGUUCAGUGUUACUACAGUAGGAAAACGGAGUACUCGGAGAAAACCUGUGGUGUUUGAUAAAGAGUGGCACUGAACUUUGAACUUCACUUUUUAGGGCUGUAUGAACAACACAACAUUUGGAGAUGAAUCAUGUGGGUAUUAUGAAACUGUCGCUGGUGGAGCUGGAGCAGUAAGUCAGUAUUUAAACCCGCGUUUAAUUUUGCGCACCCUAUGCGAUGUUCUUCCUUGGAUAGUUAAAAAAGUGUUUUUAUUAUUUGUGUGUAAACAGAAAGCCUCUGUUUGAUUUCCUCUUCAGGGUCCAAAUUGGGAUGGAAAGAGUGGCGUUCACAGCCAUAUGACUAACACAAGAAUCACAGAUCCAGAAAUCAUCGAGAAAAGGUGAACGGGAUAUUAUUUCACAUACCAAAAGGAGUUUUAGGGACUGACCAUUAGUUUUAAGGACUGACCAUCAGCUUUCACGAAUUGUUUGGUCGUCUGCUUGUGGAGGAAUUUUUUGCGGAAUUUUAUAGGUGUUUCUUUUCUUCGCUUUCCUAAAUCCUUAGGUACCCUGUGGUAUUGCGGAGUUUCCAGUUGAACCCAGGCUCUGGCGGUCAAGGUUUAUAUAAAGGUGGCGAUGGAGUGAUUCGUGAGUUAGUUUUCAGAAGACCGUUGACGUUGUCUAUUCUCAGUGAAAGGAGGGCAUUUUGUCCGUACGGAUUAGAAGGUAUGGUGUGGAAACAACAAUCAUGGCAAAAAUCCCGUGGACACUUAGCUGUGAACUAAAGUAUUACUAUUCUUGUACACAUAAUGGCAUUUUUGUAUCCCCCGUUCCCCCGUCCAUUGUUGGUUGUGACAUUGUAUUUCACAAAGCUAUCACCUAACCAAUUUAUUAGCUUUCAACAUUGAACCGGGGGGGGGGAGUUGAAAAUUGCUGUUUUGCAGGGAUAUGAUUUGGCAAGGUAGAUAUUUCUAUUUACGCAGCGCUGUGCGAAAAUAUAAUGCUCAUUCUUUUUCUUUAAGUUUGUCUAUUUUUCUUAACUUCCUACAGGUGGAUUAUCUGGGUCACGUGGCCGAAAUAUUCUUUUGUACAAAGAUGGUAGAAAAAUAAACUUGGGCGGCAAAGCAUCAGUGAAAGUCGAAGCCGGGGUAGGUUUUGUGGAGAAAAUCAAUUACUUAAUUGUUGUAUAAUAGUUUAUGAUUGUGAUUAUGAUUAUGUGAUUGUGAAUUUGUGAUUAUGAUUGUGGUGUAUUUGAAGGAAUAUCCCUUCCGAGGUUUACUGAUAAAUGAAACGAAAUACUGAAACGAUUUACUGACAAACGAAAGUCUUAAAGUUUUUUUCGUUUCGCCAUUAGGACUGCUUUCAUUUGGAAACUCCAGGCGGAGGAGGGUAUGGGUCUGAGUUAGGUAACGAUGACGUCAUGAACAAUGGCGAAUUACGACGGAAACGGCGACGAGUUUCGGAUAAGGAAGCGAAAAAGUUUACGGAAAAAGGAAGCGUCCAUGCAUAUCGGAUGAUGCAAGAAUCCGCUUGA